AUGUUUGGAAUUUGGGUUGCUGCACUCUUCUUCUUUGGCACAUCAACAGGAAAAGAAAUUUGCUAUGAAAGGGUGGGGUGCUUUAGGGAUGGCUCACCUUGGACCGGGACUUGGUCAAGGCAGUUCGCCGGUUUGCCCUGGUCUCCAGAGCAGAUCAACACUCGCUUCCUGCUCUACACUAGACGCAACCGCAGAGCCCACCAGGAGAUCAGUGCAGUUCAUUAUCAAACUAUCCAAGCCUCAUACUUCAGCACAGACAAGAUGACUCGUAUCAACAUCCCUGGAUGGAAAUCAGAUGGAAAAUGGCAGCGAGACAUGUGCAAUGUGUUGCUAAAAGUGGAAGAUGUGAACUGCAUUAAUCUGAACUGGAUUAACGGUUCCCUGGAAUACAUCCAUGCUGUCAACAAUCUCCGUGUUGCUGGAGCUGAGGUGGCUUAUUUUAUUGAUGUUCUCGUGAAACGGUUCGGAUAUUCCCCUUCUAAAGUGCACUUGAUCGGCCACAGCCUGGGAGCCCAUCUGGCGGGGGAGGCGGGGUCAAGGACGCCAGGCCUCGGGAGAAUCACCGGCUUGGACCCAGCUGGGCCGUAUUUCCACAACACUCCAAACCGCGUCCGGCUGGACCCCUCGGAUGCCAGCCUCGUCGAUGUCAUUCAUACCAAUGCAGCUCGGUUCUUCUUUGAGCUUGGUGCCGGAACUAUUAACGCCUGUGGACACCUUGACUUUUACCCAAAUGGAGGGAAACACAUGCCGGGAUGUGAAGACUUGGUUACACCGCUGUUGAAAUUUGACUUCACUGCUUACAAGGAAGAAGUGGCUUCCUUCUUUGAUUGCAACCAUGCCCGAAGCCAUCGCUUUUAUAUGGAAAGCAUUCUCAAUCCCGAUGCGUUUAUUGCUUAUCCUUGUAGAUCCUACGAAUCUUUCAAAGCGGGAAAUUGCUUCCGUUGUCCCAAAGAAGGUUGCCCAAUGAUGGGUCAUUUUGCUGAUAGAUUUCACCUCAAAAAUAAGAAGCCUAAUAGACCAUAUUACUUUUUAAACACUGGGGCUCUUUCCCCGUUUGCCCGUUGGAGGCAUAAAUUGUCUGUCAAAGUCAAUGGAAACAAUGUCACAGAAGGCAGCAUAUUUCUCCGCGUAGGUGGGACGACUGGGAAGGAGGAGCUGGCGGUGGCCAGUGGAACACUUAAGCCAGGCACGACUUAUACAAAAUUAAUUGAUGCAGAGGUUAAUAUUGGCAACAUCACAAGUAUUGAGUUCGUUUGGAAGAAGCAUUCAUUUGGACGUUCUCAGAAUAAGUUGGGAGCAGAAAUGGUGGUAGAUAUAUCUGGAAAAUAUGGAUACGAAUCUACCUUCUGUAGUCAGGACACUAAGGGACCUAAUAUUGCCCAGAUCCUGAAACCAUGCAAAUCCCAGAUACAGUCCUGA